GGGUCACUCGGUGUGUGAGCGGAAGUGCGCGCGUCGUUGCCGUAGCGCGGUGAAGGCCGGCGGUCCGGCGGAACUCGGCGGCUGGCGGCGCCCGCGCCGUUGUCAUCGCUAUCAUGUCGCGGGGAUCUAUCGAGAUCCCCCUGCGGGACACCGAUGAGGUCAUUGAGCUUGACUUUGAUCAAUUACCUGAGGGUGAUGAAGUUAUAAGUAUACUGAAACAGGAACACACACAACUGCACAUAUGGAUCGCCUUGGCGCUGGAAUACUACAAACAAGGAAAAACAGAAGAUUUUGUGAAGCUGUUGGAAGCUGCACGCAUAGAUGGGAACUUGGACUAUAGAGAUCAUGAAAAAGAUCAAAUGACUUGUCUGGAUACUCUGGCAGCAUAUUAUGUACAGCAGGCUCGAAAGGAGAAGAACAAGGAUAACAAGAAGGAACUCAUUACACAAGCUACCUUAUUAUAUACUAUGGCUGACAAAAUCAUCAUGUAUGAUCAGAAUCACUUGCUGGGAAGAGCCUGUUUUUGUCUGCUUGAAGGUGAUAAGAUGGACCAGGCUGAUGCGCAGUUCCAUUUUGUGCUUAACCAGUCUCCAAAUAAUAUUCCAGCCCUUCUUGGUAAAGCGUGCAUUUCUUUCAACAAGAAAGAUUAUAGAGGAGCCCUUGCAUACUACAAGAAAGCGCUGCGUACCAAUCCAGGUUGUCCAGCUGAGGUUCGAUUAGGUAUGGGUCAUUGCUUUGUGAAACUGAACAAGUUGGAAAAAGCUCGCUUGGCAUUCAGCAGAGCUCUGGAACUAAAUUCAAAAUGUGUUGGAGCUUUGGUUGGACUGGCUGUCCUGGAACUCAAUAAUAAAGAGGCUGAUUCCAUCAAGAACGGUGUCCAGCUCCUCUCCAGGGCUUACACAAUUGAUCCCAGUAAUCCAAUGGUGCUGAAUCACUUGGCUAACCACUUCUUCUUCAAGAAGGAUUACGGUAAAGUACAACACUUGGCUCUUCAUGCUUUUCAUAAUACUGAAGUUGAAGCAAUGCAGGCGGAGAGUUGUUACCAGCUGGCUAGGUCUUUUCACGUACAGGAAGAUUAUGAUCAAGCUUUCCAAUAUUACUACCAAGCCACUCAGUUCGCCUCAUCUUCUUUUGUACUUCCAUUUUUUGGAUUGGGUCAAAUGUACAUUUAUAGAGGGGACAAGGAAAAUGCGUCACAAUGCUUUGAAAAAGUUUUGAAAGCCUAUCCUAACAAUUAUGAGACUAUGAAAAUCCUUGGAUCUCUUUAUGCAGCUUCAGAAGACCAGGAGAAAAGGGAUAUUGCAAAGGGACAUCUAAAGAAGGUCACAGAGCAAUAUCCUGAUGAUGUAGAGGCAUGGAUUGAGUUAGCCCAAAUUCUAGAACAGACUGACAUACAGGGUGCACUGUCAGCUUAUGGUACAGCCACACGCAUUCUGCAAGAGAAAGUGCAGGCUGACGUCCCACCAGAGAUUUUGAAUAACGUGGGUGCUCUGCACUUCAGACUGGGAAACUUAGGAGAAGCAAAGAAAUAUUUUUUGGCAUCACUGGAUCGUGCAAAAGCAGAAGCUGAACAUGAUGAGCAUUAUUACAAUGCUAUCUCUGUAACAACAUCCUAUAACCUUGCCAGACUGUAUGAGGCGAUGUGUGAAUUUCACGAAGCGGAAAAACUGUACAAAAACAUUUUAAGAGAACAUCCUAAUUAUGUUGAUUGCUACUUGCGCUUGGGUGCUAUGGCGAGGGAUAAAGGUAACUUUUAUGAGGCUUCUGAUUGGUUUAAGGAAGCACUUCAGAUAAAUCAGGACCAUCCAGAUGCUUGGUCUCUGAUUGGUAAUCUUCAUUUGGCUAAACAAGAGUGGGGUCCAGGACAGAAGAAAUUUGAAAGAAUAUUGAAGCAGCCUUCCACACAGAAUGAUACUUACUCCAUGUUGGCUCUUGGCAAUGUCUGGUUACAGACUCUACAUCAGCCCACGAGAGACAGAGAAAAGGAAAAACGUCAUCAAGACCGUGCGUUAGCAAUCUACAAGCAAGUACUCAGGAAUGAUCCAAAGAACUUGUAUGCUGCUAAUGGCAUAGGAGCUGUCUUGGCGCAUAAAGGAUAUUUCCGUGAAGCUCGUGAUGUUUUUGCCCAAGUGAGAGAGGCAACAGCAGAUAUCAGUGAUGUGUGGCUGAAUUUGGCACAUAUCUAUGUAGAACAGAAACAGUACAUCAGUGCUGUGCAGAUGUAUGAAAACUGUCUCAGAAAGUUCUAUAAGCAUCAGAACACUGAAGUAUUGUUAUAUCUGGCCCGGGCACUCUUCAAAUGUGGGAAAUUACAGGAAUGUAAGCAGACUUUGUUAAAGGCCAGACAUGUUGCACCAAGUGAUACAGUCCUUAUGUUUAAUGUGGCUUUAGUACUACAAAGACUUGCUACCUCAGUCCUGAAAGAUGAGAAAAGCAAUCUAAAGGAGGUACUUAAUGCUGUGAAAGAGCUGGAGCUAGCCCACAGGUACUUCAGUUACUUGAGUAAAGUGGGUGAUAAGAUGAGAUUUGAUUUGGCACUUGCUGCAACAGAAGCCAGGCAAUGCUCUGACUUACUGAGUCAAGCCCAGUAUCACGUGGCUCGGGCACGCAAACAGGAUGAAGAAGAGAGGGAGCUGCGUGCAAAGCAAGAACAAGAAAAGGAGCUGCUUCGUCAAAAACUACUUAAAGAACAGGAAGAGAAGCGCCUAAGAGAAAAAGAAGAGCAGAAGAAACUUUUGGAACAAAGAGCUCAAUAUGUGGAGAAGACAAAGAAUAUUCUUAUGUUCACUGGUGAAGUAGAAGGAUCAAAGGAGAAAAAACGUGGUGGUGGUGGAGGCAGGCGUUCCAAAAAAGGAGCAGGGGAAUUUGAUGAGUUUGUCAACGAUGACAGUGAUGAAGAUUUGCCCAUGUCUAGAAAGAAAAAGAAGAGGAAGGGCAGUGGUAGUGAACAAGAUGGGGAAGAAGAAGAAGGGGAGAGAAAGAAGAAGAAGAGGAGGAGACCCCAGAAAGCAGAUGAGGGGAGCGAUGAUGAAGAAAAUGAAAAUGGUCCAAGACCUAAAAAACGACGUCCACCCAAAGCAGAGAAGAAGAAGGCUGUAAGUUAACUGCUGAGUAUCUUCUUGUUUCUCUAAAUAUGCAUU